UGAACAUUAUGAUCAAGAAAUAUUUUACGCGCAACAUCAUCGUGAAUGAAUAUUACUUUUCAUAAGAAAAAAAAAAUAAAAAUAAUAUUAUUCUGUACAAUUUAAAUAAAUAAAUACAAAGUUAUAAAAUAAUAAAAUUGAAAUAAAAAUUGAAUUAUUAUAAAAAAAAGAAAGAAAAAAAAUAUUUUAAAAUAAAAAAGGCAAACUUCCUGUUAAGUAAUAGUCGAAUAUUAAUAAUUAUUAUUUUAAAUACGUAUCAAAUCAAUACGAAUCUUAACAAUUUCUACACGAAAAGAAAAUAAAAGUGGAUUUUUUAUAUAUACAAGAAAAAAAGUGUCUCGUGUAAGCCUACAUCAAAAUAAAUAAUAAGGAAUAAAAAACAACAACAACAUAAAAAAAAAUAUAAAUAAAAAACCUGCUUCAUCAAUAUAUGGAAUAUAAAUAUCAUACAACAAGUCAGACGUAGCAACUGUUGUUCAACAUCAUCCGCCAAUAUUCGUUAUUUGCAGUUAAAUUUACAUCUACUAGUAGUGCAGUGAGACGAGCCGACAAAAUACACUCAAACAUCAACAGCAACAAGCAAAAAAAAACAACAACAUAAAGUUGGAGAGAAAGACGGCGUGCUCCAACACUCUGAAAAUUUACACCAGGCGACAGUUGUUUCGCGUAGUUUGUAUCGUGCGUACCUCACAUCAUCACUUUUACUCACAAAAAUAAUAAAUAAAUAAAUACUCAGUUAGCGGUGUGCGGAUUACACGACACAAAAAUAGCAAAACUUGCGGAUAAGGAAAAUCUAUUCAUAAGAGUUUAGAUUUCCGGUUGCUUUUUAAUUAGCAAAGAAAUUCAGUGAUAAAAAUACGAGGAAAGGAAGUGAAAAAAAAAAUAAUGUGCAACAAAUAUUAAAGCAAAAAAAAUUAUUUAAAAUAAAUAAAAUAAAAAAGUGAAGAGAAAAAAAUCAAAAAAGGAAAAAUAAAAAGUGAACUCGUCAAUACCCCAAAGAAAAACGUGCAAAAUAUAAAUUAAAUCCUUCAAAGUUGUAAUAAAAAGUAGUUUACGGCAUCAACUUGAAAAGGAAAAAAAACGUGUAAAAAUAUGAGAAAAAAGAUAAAUGGUGAAAAUCUCUAUUAAAGAAUCUCUUUCUCGUCUCUGUCUACAAAAAAACGCCGCACUCUGCUAAAAAUAGAAAAAUUUUUUAACGUGUUGAUCGAAUCUCUACACCGACCUACGUAACCUGCUCAUCUACCGUCGAUUUUUCUCUGUGUGUGUGUGUUUGUGCGGGAGAGAGAGACAUCUUCGUGGAAAACCACACAAACACAAGCCUGGAUUUUUUUUUGUUUUUCAUCAUCGCAUCACAGCAAUUUACUCGUUGCCUGAAAACAGAAUAAAGAAAAAAAGAUAAUUUUUGGUUUUUCAAGUGAGUUUAAAAUAUUAAGGCACAUUUCGUAGGGGAUUUAAGCGAGGGAUUUGACGACCGCACAGUGAAGUUCAAUCAAAUGGCGCAAGAUCCAAUUCAAUUGAUUAAAAUUGUCAAAAAAUACCUAAAUGAAUGAAUCCUUCAAUUAUCACUAUCAAUCAAUUGUUGAACUAACGAAAAGCUCGUCCACGUCACCCUCCAAUGUGAGAAAUUUCACCGAGGACCAAGAAGAUAUCGAAUCCAUAGCGAAACAAAUUUCAGAUCAUGCCGAGCAAAUUUACCAAUCGUGGAAGAAAUCCGGAUUGUCGCCCACUGAACUGCUAAGUUGUCGUUCCGAUAGCGGGCCCAGCUUCAACAAAGCCCUCAGUCCGACGUCGCAAGCGUCUCCCGUCGCCGAACUUCUCUCGCAAGCGCCCGAUUUGUCCAAUAACAACUUAGGCAAACUCGUGAGUUCGUUCGUGAACGAAGAUAAGGCUCGGAUCGCGGCACAACGUCGUCAAAAUUCGCCCACUGCCGGAGGAAAUUCCAUCGCGCACGUCCUGCAAAAGUUCGAACGCAGCAGUAGCGAGCCGCCCGCAUCACAACGUCCCACGAAUCUCGUGCGACAAUCUAGUCAGCCGCCACAAUCGUCUUCCAUCGUUGCUCCGCCAUCGAGUUCGGCAACAAGUAAUGGACUGAGUAGCAAUAAAAACGUUCCUGACGUGCUCAAAGACACAAUCGACAACGUUCUUCCGCAAAAGCAAAAGCCCCAAACGCCCGUCAAGCCCGAACAUCUCCUCAAUCACGUGCCUAGUUGGCCCCUGAAGAAUCGCACGAGCAACAAUUCGAACCAAAUUAGUAGUAGUAAUCAUAGCGAAAGUAGUAACGGUGUACCAGAAAAGUCUGAUAUGGUCAAGAAACAAAGCAGUAAUGCCAGCACAGGUGUCAGCAACAGCAAAAAGACUUCCGGUACUUACGGUACGACGACGCCCAACAGCAACAAGCACGAGUUGCUUGACGAAGUGACGCGCGAAGAGGAACGUCUCAUCAAUGCUCUUAAAACGGGCACUGUGUUAAACAACGAAAAAGUCGCGUCGCUACCCGAAGUUAUUACCUCACACGGUCUCUCCGACAAGGGCAACAUGAAUUCCCAACCUGACGUGUCGUCGUCGACACAACCUCUCGAAAAUGGGCAGCCAGCGAUCAAGCUGUUCAAUGGCGUGCCUGCCAAACCGAAUCACACUCCGAUGUUCAAUGUGCAAACUUUUUCCGCGAAAGACGGCGAAAAGCCUUUUAGUGUGAAUAAAGUUGCAACGGCACGAAUGCCCUUUAGGAAUCAAGCGAGGGAUAUUGACGACAUCAAAAAUGCUACGGCAAAAAAUACACCGAGUCCUGUUAGACCUUUUUUGUCACGCGGAUCUGUCGCGGAACGCGUGCUAAUUUUCGAGAAAGCCCCGCCGGAGAAAAUGAAAACGGUGAAAACUGUGCGCAGCAACAGCAUUUCAUCGAUUAAACCGAAGCCUGAACCAAAGCCACAACUCGCAAAACUUGUUGGAAGACAGUCGUUACCAAAUAUUCACACCACGCUCCAGAGGCAUCUCAAGAGCUCAGCCAAAAAUGCGUAUAUUCCACAAUUCUUUUUCCCACAUGGCAAACCUCCGCCAGCAAUUCAGACGGAAACGACGUUACAACGACUCGAACAGACAUUCAGUCGAUUUGAUGACUUCCAUGUACCUCGAGAUAAGUUUCAUAUUAUUGUUACAAUGUGCCAGGUGCCACUUUAUUGGCGAGUUCCGUUAUUUAUGGCGACACCUCUUUCCCCAACUGGUGCCGUCGAUGGCAAUAAAUUUAUCGAUUUCUGGAGGCGCAUGACGACAUUUUGCCAUGAUUCGGCAUCACGCUUCGUGUACAUUAUGUCACGUGGCAACAUGUCACGUCCCUGGAUUUUACCUGAAGAUUUUGCACCGCUAAUACAAGACGUUGUCGAUACCCACCCCGGACUGGCUUUCCUGAAAGAAGCAUCCGAAUUUCAUUCGCGUUACGUGCACACCGUAAUUUCUCGCAUCUACUACACCGUAAAUAGGAGUUGGACAGGCAAGAUUUCCGUUGCCGAGCUGCGAAGAUCAAAUUUAUUAGAUGUAAUUCAAUUGUUAGAAGAAGAAGAAGAUAUCAAUCAAAUUAUGGCGUACUUUAGUUAUGAACAAUUUUAUGUAAUUUAUUGUAAAUUCUGGGAACUUGAUCGCGAUCAUGAUCUAUUUAUUGAUCAAACGGAUUUGGCGCGGCAUAAUGAUCACGCAAUCUCCACUCGCAUGAUUGAGCGAAUAUUUUCGGGCUGUGUAACGCGUGGGCGUAAAACGGGCAAUCCCUGUCCCAUUGGUCCAAAUGGGCCUCGCAUGUCCUACACGGAAUUCGUGUGGUUCCUGCUGGCGGAAGAGGACAAAACGCAUCCAACCGCCAUCGAAUAUUGGUUCCGUUGCAUGGACAUCGAUGGCGACGGCAUCUUGUCGAUGUACGAACUCGAGUAUUUCUACGAGGAGCAACAACAACGAAUGGAAUCUAUCGGUAUCGAGACACUACCGUUCGAAGAUUGUCUGUGUCAAAUGCUUGACAUGAUAAAACCAACAAAACAAGGCUGUAUACAACUCGGUGACUUAAAGCGAUGUCGAAUGACACCCAUUUUCUUUGAUACAUUCUUCAAUCUAGAGAAAUAUUUGGAACACGAGCAACGAGAUCCGUUUGCCACGCGUGAAAAUGACGAGUUGUCUGAUUGGGACAGAUAUGCAGCACAAGAGUACGAAUUGCUCGUGGCGGAGGAAAGUGCAGCAGAAACAGCAGGAUAUGAUCCUGACGAACGCGACACUCGCAAAAGAAUUGAAUCGUACUAUAAACGUUACUUGCGAAAACGCAGGAAGAAGUCAAAAUCAUCUUCAUAAAUUAUUAUUAUUAAUCAUUGGAGGAUAUUGGCAUGAAAAUUUAAAACUUUACAAAUAUUUAAACUAAAUAUCAUCAAAAAACAAUUUUUAUAUCAAAAAUACGUUACUAACUAUAGGAAGAAGCUGUGAGAAAUUAAAAUUGAAUUUAGAGGAGUUUUUAGUGGAGACGUGUGAUUUGCAAUUUUUUCUAAAAGCUUUGUGAAUUGCCAUCUUUUUGUAAUAAACAAAAAAUAUUAUGUAGAUCAUAAUGAAUACUCCAAAACAAAACAAAAAUAUAACUAAAAAAAAAUGCUCUGCCAUAUUAAUCAAACACGCAAUCUCCAUUAAUAAUAAUAUUUAAUAAGUUGCUUAUGAGCUAGAAAAAUAAGACAUUAAUAACGAUCAUGACAACAACUAUAUAAGACAAAUUUACGACUUUAAAUAAAUUAAUAGUGAAUCUGAUUAUUAAUCAUGCACAAAAUUGAUGAAAAAAUAUUUGUGUUAUACAUAAAUAUCUAAUAUAUAUGAAAAAUACUACUAAACAUGUAGAUGAGGCUUUCAAUAGUAAAAUAUUUUUUUAUUUUUAAUACAAAAUAUAUCUUAACAACAAUAGACGUGUAACAAAUUAAUUAAUCAGAUUAUGAACACUUAAAAAAAUAAUAAAAUACCAAUAAACACCUUAAUCUAGUCCCUGUUUGUGCUAAUGUGCGUAUACCUGAUAUGCGCAUAAUAAUAUUUAACAUAAUAAUGAUUGGAGUUAUUUACCAUAUAUAUGACUUUUUAAUUUUUUUAUUGUAUUAUUUUUAUUUUUUAUCACAUAUACGCUAAAAAAUGUACAG